AUGGUAAUUUUUUCUAUCUUAUUUUUAUUAUUAUCUAAUGCCGUUACUUUAAGACGAGACAAAUCUAUACUUUUUAGUAGAGUAGCUAUCACAGUUUUACUCUAUUCUUCUUUAAUUGCUUUUUAUAGCUUAUACUUUUGUUUAGAUAGUGGUAUAGGUUUAUAUGGUGGUUUAUUCCAUGCUACAACUACCACACAUGUUUUUCAUAUCUUUAUCUUUUUAAUUAGUGCUGCAAUUUUACAAUUAACAGCUUUUUAUCCAAGAAAAGUCUGAGUAGCUGAAUAUUCUUCAAUAAGUAAGUUGUUAUUUUAUAACUUUCUUUACUAUAGAUCAAGAAUAGUAAAUAAAAUGGGAGAGCAAUUUAAAAUAAUAGAAUACCCUUUAAUAUUAUUAUUUAUUAUAACAGGAGCUAUAUUUUUAGUGUCAACUAGUGAUUUAGUUUCUAUUUUUUUAUCUAUAGAGCUGCAAAGUUAUGGACUAUAUUUACUUAGUACAUUGUAUAGAAACUCAGAAUUAGCCACAAGUGGUGGUUUGACAUACUUUUUAUUAGGUGGUUUAAGCUCUUGUUUUAUACUUUUAGGAUCUAGCUUACUAUAUGCAAAUUCGGGUACAACUAUCUUAGACGGUAUAUACGUUAUUACUAGUUUAAGUGAUAUAGGUAACAAUGGUCAUGCUUCCGCAGAGAAUAUUUUGUAUUGAUAUAAACCUUAUUACAUUAAUUUUUCUUUACUAAUUAUGAGCGUAGGGUUCUUAUUUAAAGUUUCAGCAGCACCUUUUCAUUUCUGAAGCCCUGAUGUGUAUGACGCUAUUCCAACUAUUGUAACAACAUUUGUAGCUAUAGUAGCUAAGAUAUCUAUAUUUAUAUUUUUCUUAGAAUUAGUACAUUAUACAAGUAAUUCAUUAUUUUCUUUCCAAUAUAAUUGAACUACAAGUUUACUAGUUAGCUCUUUACUUUCACUAGUAAUAGGUACAGUUGUAGGUUUAACACAGUUAAGAAUAAAAAGAUUAUUUGCUUAUAGUACUAUAAGUCACGUAGGUUUUAUAUUACUAGCAUUGAGUAUUAACAGUAUAGAGUCUAUUCAAGCCUUUAUAUUUUACUUAAUGCAAUACUCAAUUAGUAAUUUAAAUGCCUUCAUAAUAUUAAUAAGUAUUGGUUUUUCUCUUUACUAUUACGUUAACGAUAAUGAAGAAUAUAAAGAAUUAGCCGAUAAAAAUAACUCACCUAUACAAUUGAUUAGUCAACUGCAAGGUUACUUUUACAUAAACCCAGUCUUAGCCUUAAGUUUUACUAUUACAAUAUUUUCUUUUGUGGGUAUACCACCUUUAAUAGGAUUCUUUGCGAAACAGAUGGUUUUAAGUGCUGCUUUAGAUAGUGGUUACGUAUUCCUUACAUUAGUAGGAAUAUUAACAAGUGUAAUAAGUGCAGUAUACUAUUUAAACAUAAUAAAACAAGUUUUUUUUGAAAAACCUGAAUAUAAAAUAAACCCGGAAAUAGUAAAUAUAAACUUACACGGUAGUAUUAUUAAAAAUAAUGUUUUAAUUAAAAAAUUAACAUUUAAAUUAGACAAUAUUGUUUUAUCUAGUUCUUUAACUAUAACAAUUUCUGUGUUAACCUUAAUAAUACUAUUAUUUAUAUUUACCCCACAAGAAUGAUUAAGUAUGGCUAAUAUAUUAGCAUUAAUAUUAUUUAACGCUUAA